CUAAGCGGUAUAUCAAUGCUCGCUCAGCGAUAGAGAGCACUCGCACGGUGACUCUCGUCAUAUUAAGAUCGUUAAGAAUUACUGACCCACGUACACAACAUAAAUUGGCGACGAGGAUGCCGCUGUGCCUGUAAAAUUCCCGAUCGACCACUCCUAUAACCAAUUCGACGAGCAACAAGGCCAACGGCGAGAGAGUGAGAGAAGCAUUCACGAGGGUCCCAAGAUUAGCGCUAUAUACCAUACGUUUUCGAACAUGGCCCAAGGUUACGUGACUACGACAUGGCCCAAGGUUACGGUCUUCGAGGCAAGUCCAUCAGGUUCCAUUCGAGUCAAGCCCACCAGUUCACUCAAUAUAGAAGCAUUCGAUCCAUCGUCAACAUCGUGGAAACGCUGGGUGCAACGUCUGCAAAGCAGUUUUCGCAUUUUCAACAUUACGAAAAGCGCAAGAGCGGACUAUUUGUUACACUAUGUGGGCCAGACAGCGUACAACGUCCUGUGCGACCGUUUGUCGUCAGAUCCAUCUUCACAACCUUAUGAGGUGUUAAUCCAGGCACUUGAAAACUUUUAUGAGCCUCCCCCGUCCGAAUUAGCCGAAAACUACAAAUUUCAUAAGAGGAAGCAGCUCAAGAAAGAAACUAUCCAGCAAUUCGUAGCAGCACUCCGAGACCUCAGCAUUAAUUGCAAUUUCGGGGACUAUUUGAAGACUGCACUACGUAAUCAAUUUGUUUUCGGACUGUUAAACAAGAAGACUCAAGGUGUUUUACUAAAACAAAAGGACUUGGAUUUCGACAAAGCGGUAAAUAUAGCAGAAGUCAUGGAGCUUUCGAAGAAGAGUACCGAGCAAAUAAAGGCUAGAGGUUCAACGUCCAUUGGCAAUGUUUUGAAGGCAGACAGGAAACGCCCAGGCAAAAGCGCUGAAGGAAAAAAGUCUACAAACGAAGCUAAGAAAUGUAUAAGUCGUAACCCAUUUUAUUCGCGCGGCAAAAUAUCAGCAAAUGAUAUUCAGUGGGUAAAGUGCGAGAUGUGCGGAAAGAAAUUUUCGGCUUGCAAAUGUGAUUAAAGUCGAAACGUUCGUUGUCACUACUGUGGGUAGCAAAGUCACCAUAACACAAUUUGUUUGAACAAAUCUCUAUACUGAGAAAAAAGUUUCCUAAUUUUAGAAAAUAUAUUUACUAAAAUUAGAUUUACUUAAUUAAAAUAAAUAAUAAACUCACAGGAAAAUCUUCAGGGUCGCCAGCAAUAAUUAACAACAUCAAAU